CCAACUUGAAACUUCAGCAGCAGCUGUCAAGCAUUCAUCCAGGUGCAGCUUCCGCCUCACAACUCAGAAAUGCCUCAGACCAAAAAGUCGGUGAGCGGCGCCGGCGGUCCGAGUCAGCCGGGCGACCCGGAGCCGGGCGAGCCGCCGCCUCCGUCUGCACAGGAAGUGAUGCUGGCCGGAGGAGGAAGAGGAGGAGUGGAGCCGGAGCAAGGAGAUCCGGACAUCGUCAAGUCCCCCAGUGACCCCAAGAAGUACAGGUUCGUUGAACUCAGUAACGGACUCCGGGUUCUGCUGAUCUCGGACUUCAGCGGGGUGGACGAGAACGAAGAGGGUCGGCAGGAGGAGAGCGGGGGAGGUGAGGAAGAGGAGGACGACGAGGAAGAGGAUGAUGAUGAGGAAGGGGAAUCCAGUACCAGCUCUGAUGAAGAGGAGGAGGAGAGCGAUGAGGAAGAGGAGCCGGAGCCGAUGGAGGUGGACGAAGAAGAUCGAAUGAAGAAGAAGAAGAGUUCAGAGAAACAGGCGGCCGCCGCUCUCUGCGUCGGCGUCGGCAGCUUCAGUGACCCCGAUGACCUCCCAGGCCUCGCCCACUUCCUGGAGCACAUGGUCUUCAUGGGAAGUGAGAAGUUCCCGGCGGAGAACGAUUUCGACUCGUUCCUGAAGCGUCACGGCGGCAGCGACAAUGCGUCCACCGACUGCGAGCGGACCGUCUUCCAGUUCGACGUUCAGAGGAAGUUCUUUAGGGAGGCCCUGGACAGGUGGGCCCAGUUCUUCAUCUGCCCUCUGAUGGUCCAGGAUGCCGUGGAUCGAGAGGUGGAGGCCGUGGACAGCGAGUACGAGUUGGCCCGGCCGUCUGAUUCCCAUCGUAAGGAGAUGCUGUUUGGCAGUCUGGCCCGACCCGGACAUCCCAUGGCCAAGUUCUGCUGGGGUAACGCUCAGACGUUGAAGCACGGGCCACGGGAGAGGAGGAUCAACACCUACAAGAGGCUGCGCGAGUUCUGGAGGAGAAAUUACUCUGCUCACUACAUGACCCUGGCGGUGCAGUCCAGAGAGUCGCUGGAAACCCUGGAGGAGUGGGUGAGCGAGAUCUUCAUCCAGAUACCCAACAACGGGAAACCCCGACCCGACUUCUCGCACCUGCAGCAGCCAUUCGAUACCCCGGCCUUCCACAAGCUCUACCGAGUGGUUCCGGUCCGGAAGGUCCACGCUCUGACCAUCAGCUGGGCUUUGCCCCCGCAGGUGAAACACUACAGGGUGAAGCCUCUUCAUUACAUCUCCUGGUUGAUGGGACACGAGGGAACUGGCAGCAUCCUGUCUCUGCUGCGGAAGAGGUGCUGGGCUCUGGCUCUGUACGGGGGAAACAGCGAGUCGGGCUUUGACCAGAACUCCACCUACUCCAUCUUCUCCAUCUCCAUCACGCUGACUGACCUGGGCUACCAGAACUUCUUCCAGGUGGUCCAUUUGGUGUUCCAGUACCUGAAGAUGCUGCAGAACCUGGGACCCCAGCAGAGGAUCUAUGAGGAAAUUCAGAAGAUCGAAGACAACGAGUUCCGGUACCAGGAGCAGACGGAUCCGAUCGAGUUUGUGGAGAACAUCUGUGAGAACAUGCAGCUGUUCCCCAAACCGGACCUCCUGACCGGAGACCAGCUCAUGUUCCACUAUGACCCCGAGGUGAUCAGAACUGCCCUAUCUCUGCUGACGCCGCUCAGAGCCAACCUGCUGCUGCUGGCUCCAGAGAACGAAGGCAGCUGCCCGCUCCAGGAGAAGUGGUUCGGUACCAGCUACAGCUGUGACGACAUCCCAGAAGAGUGGGACCGGCGCUGGGAAUCCGACUUCGAGCUGAACCCGGACCUUCAUCUUCCUGCAGAGAACCGCUUCAUCGCCACAGAUUUCAACCUGAAGAAGUCUGACUGCCCGGACACGGAGUUCCCAGUCCGGAUCCUGGCCCUGGACCAAGGGGCUCUGUGGUACAAGAAGGACAGCAAGUUCAAGAUCCCCAAAGCUUACAUCCGCUUCCACCUGAUUUCUCCCAUCAUCCAGGAGAGUCCUGACAAUCUGGUCCUGUUUGACCUCUUCAUCAACGUCCUGGCCCACAACCUGGCCGAGCCGGCCUACGAGGCCGACGUGGCCCAGCUGGAGUACAAGCUGAUGGCCGGAGAACACGGGAUGGUGAUCCGUCUGAAGGGCUUCAACCACAAGCUGCCGCUGCUGCUCAAACUGAUCGUGGAUCAGCUGGCAGACUUCAGCACCGAGCCGAGUGUCUUCGGCAUGUUCGCGGAGCAGUUGAAGAAAACCUACUUCAACAUCCUCAUCAAACACGACCGACUGGGAAGGGAUGUCCGGCUGCUGAUCCUGGAGCGCCACCGCUGGUCUGUGGUCCAGAAGUACCGGGUCCUGACUGAGGGUCUGCAGGUCCAACAGCUGAUGGCGUUCGCUGCGGCGCUGAAGGAGGAGCUUUACGCCGAGGGCCUGGUCCAGGGGAACUUUACCAGCGCUGAGUCCAUCGAGUUCCUGCAGUACUUCACUCAGAAGCUGCAGUUCCGGCCUCCGCCUGCAGAGGUCCCUGUGCAGUUCCGGGUGGUGGAUCUUCCUCGGAGACACCACCUCUGCAGGGUGAAGUCUCUGAAUCGAGGAGACGCCAACUCUGAGGUCACCGUGUACUACCAGUCGGGCCUGAAGACGCUCAGGGAGCACGCUCUGAUGGAGCUGAUGGUGAUGCUCAUGGAGGAGCCGUGCUUUGACUUCCUGAGGACCAAAGAGAUGCUGGGGUACCAGGUGUAUCCGACCUUCAGGAAUACCUCAGGCGUUUUGGGGUUCUCCGUUACCGUGGAAACGCAGGCCACCAAGUUCAGCUCAGAACUGGUGGAGCAGAAGAUCGAGGACUUCCUGGUGAGCUUCGGUGGGCGCCUGGCGUCUCUGAGCGAGGAAUGCUUCGCCGCCCAGGUGACGGCGCUCAUCAAGCUGAAGGAGUGUGAGGACGCUCACCUGGGCGAAGAGGUCGACCGCAACUGGUACGAGGUGGCGACGCAGCAGUACCUGUUCGACCGGCUCAGCAGGGAGGUGGAGGUUCUGAAAGGCUUCAGCCGGGAGCAACUGGUUUCCUGGUUCCUGGAUCACCGUGGCAACUGCAGCAGGAAGCUCAGCGUGCAUGUGGUGGGUUUUGGGGUGGAGGAGAACGACCCGCCCCAUCAGAACCCCGGAGGCUCCGGCCCCUCCUCCUACGGCCCGGUGAGCGAGCUGACCUUCCUGCCGGCGGCGGCGCCCGCCCUGAGGAACGCCGCCCUCAUCACUGACAUCAGAGCGUUCACCUCCUCCCUUCCCCUUCACCCCUACUACAAGAUCCUCAGCUAGGCCCCUCCCCUCUGCUCAUUUCCAUGACGACGGUCGUAUUCACUUCCUGUGGGCCGUCUCUGUAAAUGGCAGCUUCUGAUUGGUCCAUCAGGAGGCAAGCAGGAGGCAGCGCGACGACUCAGGGUUCUGAAUAAAACGAGAAUCAUUUUAACUGACUUCUGUUGUUCCUCUGAUCCGCUGGACAUAUGCAGCGCCCUCUACUGGUUAAGACAAGAACUGCAGCUGUAGCUCUAUCAGAGCAGAGGAGGGUUAGGGUGGAGCAACAGAGGCUAGUUAGCAGUAACAGCUAGGGCAGACUGGUUAGCCGUUAGCUGGUUAGCUGUGACAGCUAGCACAGCGAUGCCGAUGCUGGACUGAAGGACAGUUUUGGAACCGAUCACUCUCAUCAGAAAUCAUGUAUCAAACUGGCUCAGAUCAAUUAUCAGUAAUAAUAAUUAGUUUUAGAAUUAACACUAAAGGUAAUAGAAUCCUUGUGUGUAAUGGCAUCAACAUUAGAGAUUCAACCAACUGUAAAUCCAUAAACAGGAACUUUGGUGAAGUUUCUGCUGCUGUAAUAUGUGAUAGAAACCAAGAUGGCGGCCAACAUGUCAGCUUCCUGCUGUUAGAUGUUUUGUGGCUCCAGUUGUUUUUAUCCGACGGUUUCAGACAGGACAGCAGGUUGAGACAAGGAGGAACUCUGAACCUCUGGUCAUGUGAUCAGAGGUCAGUCUCAGGUCCUCUGGUUCUGAAGUUCGGUUCAGGCCAGGAGUUCUGGUUCUGCUGAUGACCUCUGACCCUCUGAAAGAAGUUAACCAAGGAGAUAAACUAAAGUUGCUAUUAACUUGUGGUGGAAAGUCCCUGAACAGCUGCAACAGAUGAGUUAUUUAUCCAGAACAAGCUGGAAGUAUUCUGUGUUGAACUUUGACCUGUGGACUGUGUCCAGGGUGGAUCAUCUGCACUUACCAGCACAAUUUCAGGGACAGACUGAAGCGGUUAGAAAGGAGCUCAACCUCUACCUGCAGACCAGUUGGGUCUUCUGUAACGGCAGACAUGGCCUUGAUGGCAACUUCAAACAAAGAGCUAGAUUAUAGGAAAGUCCUCAUAUUUAUCAGGAGACAUGCAGCUUCAUCUGCAGCAUGGAUGUGUUUCUGCAUGGAAGAUGUCUGGUCAUAUUCCUCCUCCUCUCCCGCGAGGACAGAAAGAUCCGGUCUUUCCCACCCACAAGUCUUUACUCAAACACACUGACGAGACAAACAUCAUUAGCAUUUGUGAAUCUCAGAGGAAAAUUUGACUUUGACAGUGAGGAUUUGUCCAUCAGUGGUCUAACUCUUGGUGAGGCCAAUGGGACCAUAAUGGGUCCAGUGACUCUGUCCUCAACCAGGCUGCUCCCGUCCUCUGGAUCCUCAUCCUGAAACCGAAGGUUGAGGAUCUCCUGAGAGCUCUGGAUGUUUUGUGAGAACAUUUAUGACAGGAGUCACCAACCUUUUAGAGACUGGGAGCUGCUGCCUGAGUCCAGAGCAACACGAAGGGCUGUUUGUUUGAUACAGACACACCUUUUCUUGGCUCAGCCUUUAUAACAAUAAUACAUAUAUGAUUACAUGCUGCCUGAUCAUAUUAAUGUGGGGGAAUAAUCACAAUACUUGACAUCUGGACAAAGCAGCAGCACUGAGAAGAUCAGGUUCUUUGAUUUCUCCCAUUUAACAGGAUUCAGCCUGAUCUGCUCUGUGAGGAACUUCAGGAGACUCGGGUGGAGCCGGAACCGUCACCUGGAUCCACCACCUGAUGACCCGAUGACAGACCACAGGUAGAGACUGGAGGAAUGAGCGUCUAUCUCGGCUCUCUCUACACUUCAGACGUCCAGCACAAGACUGACUUCUGUCAUCUACAGAAAUACUCAGAUUACAGAAAUACUCAGAUUACUCUGCAGUUGAUGGUUUAUCAGAGAUGGACAAGAGGCCGAGUACAGAGAGCUGGUGGACCGCUUCAGGUCACGGAGGGAACAGUCAAAUCACCUGAAAUAUGAAGAAAACAAAGGAGAUGAUUGUUGGUUUCAGGAGGAACAGGGUCAAAGGUCAAACCCUGUUUCCAUCAUGGGAGAAGAAGUGGAGGAAGAUAAAAACCUGGAUGUUCAUCUGGACCACAGAGAUGGAGGAAGAGAAAAUCCUUCAGGGU